AUGAUUAAAACAGAUGGUGAUUGUAUUAAUUCCAUAUUUUGCCUCUUCAGUACCGUCAUUUCCAUCAGCAAAUGCGAGGUGUCGAGCCUCGUGGACGGACUGGUGACGCUUCUCGCUUCCCACUACACCACAGACGACGAAAACCUGAAUGCAGUCAGCGCAGCUGUGAUAUCUGAAGAGGUACUCUACAAGCCAAAAUUCUCCAUCCACAGGAGUGCAUCCAAAAGUGACCACGAGGUGAGGUGUCGACUGGGAAUGUUUGCUGUUUGGCCCGACUGCGGCGGAACCUACAGAAGCAAAGUGGCACGCAACCUGGGUACCCCCACGGCGAAGAUUCUGCUGGGUUCCUGGCACGCGCCUUUCAAACCCAUGCUCAUUCUUUCCCCGAUUGUCUCUGCCCCUCCAAUGUAGACUCGUGAAGAUGGCCCUGCUGUCCCGCUUUGGUCAUUUCUUUGCCAAAGUAUUGGUAGGUGGCUGCCUGCCAGCAGGCUCCUAUGUGGGGCCUUUACGGACCCUUAGCAGGGCCAUCGCCUCCAACACCGCGGGGACCACCGCGAACAGGAUCCAGGCCGUCUCACCUCUCCAGGUUCCGGACUGCCUCAACUCCCUAGGGUCCUGGCCGCCUCAACUCC